GCCGCGUGACCGGCGCUCUAAUACUGGACGUGGGAAGCGCCAGUUCAUCCUGAAUGCAGUGCCACGGCUGCAGGCAACGAUGAACCAGACACCGCCGGGCGUUCUUGAAAACGCUUGGCGCACCGGGACCAUCUUUCUUGAGACAGCCAUUCGAACUACAGUGAGAGCUACCAUCUCUCCACACUUGAGCAGCAACUGGACGACGGACGUUGCGAAUUGGACGGGCACUGACAGCAACGAUACACGCCCGUGGCUCACAAUGUUCGAAAGUGCGAUCGGCGGCAGCGACGCGGCAGCGCUGAACCUGUCACUGACGGGUCAAAACGCGUCGUCUUACAACGCGGCCGCAGCGAUAGCUGCCGGGGACGAUGAUGCGCUUUCACCGGCCACUGUGCCGCGCGAGCUACGGCUCGUCGUAGUUGUGCUCGUCUCGUGUAUUCUGGGCCUCAUCAUUAUCGCCACCGUGGUGGGCAAUGUGUUCGUCAUCGCAGCCAUUUUCAUGGAGCGAAAUCUGCGAAGCGUCGGGAACUAUCUGGUGCUGUCGCUUGGUGUCGCCGACCUGAUGGUUGCCUGCCUUGUGAUGCCUCUAGCGGCCGUCGCGGAAGUGAGCCGUGAAUGGGUGCUUGGGCCCGCUCUGUGUGACGUGUGGACUUGCUGUGACGUCCUCUGCUGCACAGCGUCCAUCCUGCACCUUCUUGCCAUAGCCAUGGACCGUUACAGGACGGUGGCUCAGGUGGACUACGUGCGCCAACGGAACGCACGUCAGGUCGGGCUCAUGAUUCUUCUGGUCUGGGCUGUUGCCGUCGCCGUGUCGGUGGCGCCUGUAUUCGGAUGGAAGGACCCGGACUUCCAACAUAGAGUCCAGGUCAACCGUAUCUGCCUGGUAAGCCAGGACGUAGGCUACCAGAUAUUUGCCACGUGUGCCACAUUCUACGUGCCUCUAAUACUGAUUCUGCUGCUAUACUGGCGCAUCUACCAGGUGGCGCGCCGCAGAAUACGCCACAAACCGGGCAGCAAAAUUCCGAUUGCGAUGGCUAAGAGCCCGUCUUCAAACGUUGAAAUCUCUGUUAUCGUGGCCGGGGAAAAUCACAGUCCGAACUCGUGUAGCGGCGGGACCACCACGCAGGAGUCUGACGUCUCACGUAACAACGACGGGGCGCCGCUGCGACCAGCGCUGCAUCCCAGCAAAGACCGCAAGCAACAACAGAAGCAGCCGCACUUCUCCCGCGAGUCGCUUGAGUCCAAGCGCGAGCGCAAGGCCGCGAAGACUCUGGCCAUAAUCACGGGCGUGUUCGUCGUCUGUUGGAUGCCCUUCUUCGUCAACGUGCUCCUCAUGACUCUCUGCACGUCGUGCUCGUCCAGCGGUUACGCGUUCAGCGUCUUUCUGUGGCUUGGCUACGUGAACUCCAUGCUCAACCCGAUCAUAUACACCAUAUUCAGCCCCGAUUUCAGAAACGCCUUCAGAAAGCUUCUGUGCACCAGGAAACCAACAUACGAAUUCAAGCGGUAAUCGCCAGUAGCGCGGUGAGUCAUGUGAAAAGUCAGCUUGCAGAAAUAUACGAGAAGGCAGGCAACAUGGCAACGUGCAUCCUACUUCAAAGACUAAAGAUCACUGGAUGCCACGUUGCCUAGAGUAUCAAAACGCUGAUCGUUGUGACUGAGGUAAUGGGAAGACUGAGAUUUGUUGUCAACCGCAGGGAUGAGCAUGUUGUAUCGGUGCCACUCCUAUGGCCUCUGUUGAGACUGAGAAACCCUUUGUUCAAAUUUACUGAAACUCAGUUUAUUCACCGGCUAAGGUGCUAUCGUUGGAGAGUGCAUCAGCCUAAUUUUGUUCCUCACUCUCCCUGCCUCCGUUUUUAUGGGUCAUGCGCUCCACAACGAAGAGAUCAGAUCAUUAAAGUUGCUUGGGUCUACCUUGUUGCUCAUCAGUUGAGGAUGUAUUUAUAUCUUGACAGCGCUGAGGAAAAUCCGGUUCCAUGCAAAGCCAAUGAGCAGGAAUUUAUACCUUUGUUACGCUAUUACAUUAGUUACAAUCCACCAUGUUACAUUUCAAGUGAUUACAAAUUAAAAUGAAAAUGCAGAGUGACAUGCAAUUAGCGAUUACUAUAAAUUGACAAUAACUGAAGGCAAGUGAGCGCAUAUGCUUGUAAUAACUAAACUAAUUAUAUUGUUCACCUGUAAGUCCGUCAUCUAUAUGACGACCCAAAUUCAGGUGGUCACUUACCUUCAAAUUAUGCAGCAUAGAGAAAACAUUUCUGUUUUGCUAAGAAUAAAUUAUUACGAAUGAAAUUUCCGGCAAUGCCCUGAACCUACAGAUUUCCCGAGUGUAAUGUACGCGUAUUUUUGUUGUUUGUUGAUUCGGCAGUUUUCGAAAAAAAUGUCUAACUAAACAUGCAAGCAUAUUGUUUUGGAAUGUUUCUCGCAGCAUCAAAAUUAGCCUCAGCUUUGCGUAACAAAGGUCGCUUCCUUGUAGUGCACAUCUAUAUCAAAGAAACAAAACAAUAUAUGCUUACAGUUGGAACUGUAUUAUUCAAUAAACAUAGUAGAUAACUGGCGCUUAGUAACAAGAAAGAGGUUUGAAGAAUAGUGUUCUUGAAAUGGCACAUAAGAAUGCUUUCAUUUUGUCAGCGUAUUGAAGAAUCCUGAAAGCACCAAGUCAGCUGCCUUCCACAAUUGGUCUGACUAAUAUCCUCGUCGAAAAGUCAACAACAUGUGCAGCUCUUACUUAAGUUAAGAAAGCUAAAGCAAAUAUUCUCGUAAACGAUGACAAGCGCAUUU